UGGUCAGUCCAGCGCAGCGAUGGGUACGGCGCAGCUCUUCCCCGCGGCUGGCUCGCGGAUUGGUGCAGGCAACGCAGCAUGUGGCCGUUGAUUGGCUGCUGCGGGCCGCGUGUGCGUCCAGCAGGUUAGGGUGCGAGUGAGGGGCGCUGAGGGGAUCGGAGUGGAGCCUGUGGGGGACGCGGGGCGCCCGUCCGGAGGAUGGUCCCCGCGGUGGGGCUGCCGCGUCUGCCCUGCCCGCCGUAACAAAAAAAGUUAAACAUAAGAAGUCUGCCAGUGGAACCUGAUGUGUCUGGAUCAGAAACUGAUGUGAGGUGAAGCUGGGAGGAGUCUGAGAAUUCAUGUGAAGAAUUCCAGCUACAGGCCCUUCUGUCUGAAACCAUGCCAGAGAUGACAGAGAAUGAGACUCCUAUGAAGAAGCAGCACCGAAAGAAAAACCGGGAGACACACAAUGCAGUGGAGAGACAUCGAAAGAAGAAGAUCAAUGCUGGGAUAAACCGAAUUGGAGAGCUCAUUCCCUGUUCCCCAGCACUUAAGCAAAGUAAGAACAUGAUCCUGGAUCAGGCCUUUAAAUAUAUAACAGAAAUGAAAAGGCAAAAUGAUGAACUCCUGUUGAAUGGAGGGAACAAUGAACAAGCUGAAGAGAUAAAAAAGCUCCGGAAACAGUUGGAUGAACUCCAGAAGGAAAAUGGGCGAUACAUAGAACUACUGAAAGCAAAUGACAUUUGCCUGUAUGAUGAUCCCACAAUUCACUGGAAAGGGAAUCUCAAAAGUGCAAAGGUCUCUGUUGUUAUUCCUAGCGAUCAGGUUCAAAAGAACAUCAUUGUCUAUUCGAAUGGGAGUCAGCCUGGUGGAAAUAACCAGGGGGCAUCUGUCCAGGGAAUAACUUUUAAUGUUGGUCAUAACUUACAAAAACAAACAGCCAAUGUUGUACCAGUUCAGAGAACUUGCAACCUAGUGACUCCUGUGACCAUUUCUGGUGUUUACCCCACAGAAAACAAGCCAUGGUCUCAGACCACAGUUUCUCCAUUGGCGUCCAGUCAACCAGUUCCUGCUGAGACUGUGCUUGAACUUUCCACCUCAGAGAAUGAGCAGGACAUGCUUACCUCUGCUACUGCAAGCUCACAGAAUGCUUGUCAGUCUGGGACAGAACAAGAAUUACAGUGUUCCUCAAGUAGCACACCACAGAAUGAUCAAAAUGUCCCCAAAAUUAAAAAUGGACAAGAAUGCACCAAGUUAAUGAAAAAAACAAUCAUGCAUGGCAUCAGCAUUCCUUCUAACACCACCAUAGAGGCCUCUCAAGUUCAACAGGUGAAUGUGACCUCUUCAAGCUUACAGGAUCCUAGAAGUGAAUUUCAAGAAAGCUUUGUCGUUUCAGCAACUGAUACCACUUGUACCCCAUCUGUGAGACUCUCCAUUGUGGAUAGCCUCCCUUCAGUAAACAUCCUCAAAAGUACAGACUUAUUAAAUAGUGCUGGGGUCCCUGUGACUUCUGCAAUAGAAACUGUUAAGGCUGUUACAGCAAUAAGCACACUGCCUGCUGGUCCAUUAGACAACUGUUGGUCUUUUUCAGGCUCUUCAGGUGUUGGCACUUCUGAUUUGAAAAACAUGAGUAGCCUUACACGGAUCCCUUCAGCUGGAAUCACACAAACCACAUGGACUACUUUGCAACUAGCAGGAAACACUGUUCAGCCAUUAACCCAGACACCGUCCAGUGUUAUGACUGCGUUGUUAAACGAGCCAGUUAAUGGUGCUGGUACCAUAUCUUCCACCCAUAACAGACAUUUGGCUCCAAGCAUCAGUUUGAAUACUUCUGUGCCUGGAGAUGGGCAGGCAGCUGAACAAAAUGUUGUUACCUUGCCCUCUUGCCCAUCUGUACCUAUGCAGCCAUUAAUCACUCAACCACAGGUUAAAACCCAGCCUGCUGGAAACAUCUUUCCAUUGAAUUCAGCUAUGCAGGUAAUUCAGAUGGCUCAGACAAUUGGGUCAGCUGUUACUGCGGUACCAGCUAAUCAGAAUGUCAUAAUUCUCCAGCCUCCUAACACCACUCCAUGUCCCCCAGUGGUGAGAGCUGAAGUCCCCAGCCAAACCGUUAGUCAACAGAUUGUAAUUAUACAAGCAGCUAAUCAGAAUUCUCUUCCUCUCCUCUCUGCCCAGCCCCCUGGUUCUCUCAGAGUUCCUGUGAAUGGAGCCAGUCCAAUAGCAAGCUCUAACAGCUCUGUGCAAAAUGCCUCUGCUCCACAAACUUUUGGAGGGAAACAUCUUGUCCAUAUAUUACCAAGACCACCUUCUUUACCAUCUUCUAGCGCUACACAAACUUUUUCAGUUACAAUGUCAAAUCAACAACAGCCUCAGACUAUUUCUUUAAAUGGACAGCUGUUUGCAUUGCAACCUAUGAUGUCCUCGUCUGGAGCUUCAAAUCAAGCCCCUAUGCAAAUUAUUCAACCUACCACUAGCGAAGAUCCGAAUACCAAUGUUGCCCUCAAUACAUUUGGUGCUUUAGCUAACCUCAAUCAGAGUAUAUCACAAAUGGCUGGGCAAAGCUGUUUACAGCUGUCCCUUAGUCAGCCUACUAAUCCAACAACUGCCAGCAGCCAGAUUGCCCCAAUUAACUGUGUUUCAUUACCAACUUCUGCAGCAUCUUCCAUAGCUACUGAAAGUUCAACAGUGUUAUCCAUUGCUUCUAAUUCUAUAAACACUUCUCCAAAAAAAGCUUCUGCUGGUUUGCCAUCAAACAUAAAAUCAAAAAGGACAAACAAAAAGACAAGUACUAAAAAACAUUUAGCAGCCAACAGCAAAGCAUCAUGUCCAGCGAAUCCUUGCAGAGAUGCAGGGAAGCUUGAUUGCACUAAUGUGGAAGCUACAGCAGAGCAUUCAGAUGGUGAACGACUCAUUGAAAACAUUCCUGUAGUAUCACAAGCCUUAGCUGUAUCACAAGCAAACAGCGUGGCAGCACCAACUGAUGUAAGCAUUUCUGACUGUCAGUCCAAAGAGACUUUGAGUUCUGAACAGAUGGUGAGUUUACCAGAGCUGAGUUCAACAGAGGUACCGAGUUCAUCACCGCUAGAAUCUGUGAUGUCAGAACAGUUUGUACUGGUUCCAUCAAGUUCCAAAGAUUCCACUGCUCUUCUGCAAACAUCUCGGAAUAACCCGUUACCCGACUCUGUGUUGCCAGAAUCUUCCAAAUCAUGUGUUACCACCAGCAUCUCAAUGUCCUCUGCCACUGAAGCACACGUGACAAUUUCUCAGGUUUCUGGGGCAUUAGCUCCACAAAACAGUGCAACAACAGACCACGCUUCUGAGGCAGAAAGCAUUUCAGAGACCUGCAGUGUUGGGCAAGAGUCAUCAAUUGUGAUGCAAACCACAGACUUGUUAGAGGGACAAGGUCUAACCAGAAUGCUGUCUGACCUUACUAAAGAAAGAACAGCGAUGCUAAAACCCUCUUUUUCGCUUCAGGUGGAACACUCUGAUUUCCCCCCAGAAAACUCUAAAACAAUAAAAUCAAAUGUUGAUUUGCCUGAGAAGCAGGAACUUUUGUUAAUGAACACUGAAGGUGACACUCUCACACAACAUCAUUCCUGCAUUUCCGAUCAAGAGGUUGUUAGUGGUUCUCUUAUUGCUAGCAGGCAGGCGGACUCUCCAAUGUCAACUAGCUCUGGGAGCAGUCGUGGCUUCUCAGUUGCAUCCAUGUUGCCAGACACAUCUAGGGAAGAUGUAAUCAGCAGCACAUCAACAAAUACAUGUAACAGUUGCACUUUUUCAGAGCAAACUGACAUUGUAGCUCUUGCAGCAAGAGCUAUUUUUGACCAAGAGAACCUUGAAAAAAGUGGAGGGGGGAUACAAGUUAAUUUAAGAGAUGCUGCCUCUAAAUCUUCUGAAGUUGCACCUUUGGAAAGGGAGCAGCAGCCUUUUAAACCACAAACAGGUAAAGCUAAUGUAGGACAGUUGGAAGCAGCACCAAACAAAUUCCAUGCUCAGGAUCCAGUGCAAACAAAUGUUGAUAGACCAGUGGAAAAACCCAGCUGUUCUGUAGGAGUGGAAACAUCAAAUACUGUACAGAUUUCAACUUCCCAAUCACCAAAUGUAACCAGUUUAAGUGUAAAUAAUCUCAUACAUCAAAGUCGCAUCAUCCACCCCCUUGUAAGUUGCUCAGGUUUAUCCCAGCCUUCAGAGCAAGCCGCUGUUCCUGCCACAGAGAUUCGGUCCAUAUCAUCUAGUUCCUAUGUCAGUCAGUCUCCAGGAUCAGCUAUGAUGACUGAAUAUGUUCAAGAUCAACUGAGUGCUAUUAGGGCAAACACCAUGCAGGCUCCACAGAUGCAGGAACCACACUUAAAGCAGCAAAACCAUGAAAGUCGCAAAGACUCUGCUAAACGUGCUGUCCAAGAGGACCUUCUGCUUUCUACAGCAAAGAGGCAGAAGCAGUGUCAGACAACACCUGUCAGGCUUGAAGGCGUGGCAUUGACGAACCGAACACCAGACAGUAUUGCUGACCAAACUCAAAUGUUGGUUAGUCAGAUCCCUCCUAAUUCAUCCAAUCCGGUUGUGUCAGUGAGCAAUCAAGGGCACACAGAUGGUCUUAACAGAUUAUUCCCAUCCAACAACAACUUUGUGACCUCUGGUUUGAGGCAAACUGAAGUUCAGUGCAGUUCUCAGCCAUCCAUUUCAGAGCAGCAAGGUCAGACAGGAGGUCAGCAUCUGCAACCUAUACAGCAUGUACCUGCUCAAGGCGUAUCUCAUCUUCAUAGUAACCACCCAUACUUAAAACAACAGCAGGCUGGACAGUUAAGAGAGAGGCAUCACUUAUAUCAGCUACAGCACCAUGUUCCUCAUGCAGAGAGCUCAGUCCAUUCUCAAUCCCACAGUGUUCACCAACAAAGAGCAAUACAGCAAGAGGUGCAAAUGCAAAAGAAACGAAGCCUUGUCCAGGGAACCCAAGCGAGUCAACUUUCUUUACAGCAGAAGCAUCAUGGAAAUGAUCAAACUCGGCAAAAAAGUGGGCAGCCUCAUCCCCACCACCAGCAAAUACAGCAGCAGAUGCAGCAGCACUUUGGAGCUUCCCAGCCUGAAAAGAACUGUGAAAACCCUUCAACAAGCAGAAACCAUCAUAACCAUCCUCAGAACCAUCUAAAUCAAGAUAUUAUGCAUCAUCAGCAACAGGAUGUUGGCAACAGACAGCAAGGCUCAGGGGUUUCAUCCGAACAUGUAUCUGGACAUAAUCAGAUGCAGAGACUUCUGACCGCCAGGGGCUUGGAGCAACAAAUGGUGUCCCAGCCAAGUAUUGUAACCAGGCCAUCAGAUAUGACCUGUGCCCCACAUAGACAAGAAAGAAACAGAGUUUCUAGUUACUCUGCAGAGGCACUUAUUGGAAAGACGCCUUCUAAUUCAGAACAGAGAAUAGGGAUAUCCCUUCAAGGCUCUAGGGUUCCAGACCAGCUUGAAAUGAGAAGUUACCUAGAUGUUUCUAGGAAUAAAGGUUUGGUAAUUCAUAACAUGCAGAGUCGUAUAUCUGUAGACCAUGCGGUUGGCCCAGAAGUUCAACGGCUUUCUGAUUGUCAGACAUUCAAACCAAAUGGGGCCAGCCAACAGCCAACAGGCAAUUUUGAUGUACAGGCCUCAAGAAAUAGUGAAAUUGGUAACUCUGUAUCAUCCCUCAGGGGCAUGCAAUCACAAGCUUUUCGAAUUAGUCAAAAUACUGGGCCACCCAUAGAGAGACAAAAGAGAUUGCCCUAUCAACCGGUUCGGGGUAUUCCAACAGGAAAUGCUCUUCUGCCAAGAGACAAUGAAAAUACAUGCCACCAAAGUUUUAUGCAGAGUUUACUUGCCCCUCAUCUUGGAGAUCAGGUUAGUGGAAGCCAAAGAUCAAUUUCAGAACAUCAGAGGAAUACGCAGUGCAGUGCAUCCUCCACAAUUGAAUAUAAUUGUCCCCCAGCACGAGAGAGCGUCCACAUUCGAAGAGAUGGUGAAGGUCAGAAUAGAGAAAGUUGUGACAUGUCUAUGGGUACAAUUAAUACUAGGAAUAGUUCUUUAAAUAUUCCUUUUUCAAGUUCUUCUUCCUCAGGAGAUAUUCAAGGUCGAAACACAAGCCCAAAUAUUUCUGUACAGAAGUCCAAUCCCAUGAGAAUGACUGACAGUCAUGGAACCAAGAGCCACAUGAAUACACCUGUUUCUAGCAACAUGCAUGGAGUUGUCCGGCCAGCUCUUCCACACCCUGCUAUCUCUCAUGGGAAUGCUGAGCAAGGGCAACCAUCUGUUCGUCAGCCAAAUUCUUCAGUUACUCAGCGAUCAAGGCAUCCUCUGCAGGAUAAUAGUGGUUCUAAAAUCCGCCAGCCUGAAAGGAAUCGAUCUGGAAAUCAAAGACAUGGAAAUGUAUUUGACCCUAGUCUGCCCCAUCUUCCCCUGUCUACUGGUGGCAGUAUGAUCCUUGGGCGCCAGCAAUCUACGAUAGAAAAAAGAGGCAGCAUUGUCCGUUUUAUGUCUGAUGGCCCUCAAGUGUCUAAUGAUAAUGCAGCCCCUGACCAGCAUGCUUUGUCUCAAAAUUUUGGAUUCCCCCCAUUUAUUCCAGAGGGAAGUAUGAAUCCAACAAUAAAUGCCAAUACUUCUUUCAUUCCACCAGUUACUCAGCCCAGUGCCACUCGAACACCAGCCCUAAUCCCAGUAGAUCCUCAAAAUACACUGCCAUCUUUCUAUCCGCCUUAUUCUCCUGCUCAUCCUACUCUUUCCAAUGACAUUUCUAUCCCUUACUUUCCCAAUCAAAUGUUUCCUAAUCCAAGCACAGAAAAGCCCAGUAGCGGAGGUUUAAACAAUCGAUUUGGAUCCAUUUUAUCUCCUCCCAGACCAGUUGGUUUUGCUCAGCCAAGUUUUCCUCUUCUCCCAGAUAUGCCGCCAAUGCACAUGACCAAUACGUCACACUUAUCCAAUUUUAACUUGACAUCUUUGUUUCCAGAAAUAGCCACAGCUCUUCCUCCAGAUGGUUCGGCAAUGUCACCUUUGCUUUCAAUAGCAAACACGUCAGCUUCAGAUUCUUCCAAGCAAUCCUCAAACCGACCUGCCCACAACAUAAGCCAUAUUCUAGGUCAUGAUUGUAGUUCAGCUGUAUGAAAAUUGAUAGAUUGACGGUUUAGUCUGAAGGGUUAUGUUUAUAUUAAAAAAAAAAAAGGCAUCCUUGAAGAGACCAUUCAUAGCAUCACUGUUUGUCUAAAAGUAUGUAUAUAUGUGGGUACUUCUGUAUUUAUAUACAUACUGUAUAUCCACCCACUUACUAACUUUAAAGCACCAGUGCCUAUAGCAAUUCUUAUCAUUAACAGUAAGAAUGCAACACCUAGAGAUAUACAAAUAUUGAAUGUUGAUUUUACAGCAUUCAAAAAUCUGAUUGUUCCAGAAUAACUGACACUUUCAGCUCUUGGAUCUAAAGUACCAAGUAAAAGAUUAGCCUUGUGGGAGAUGAGACUGGAGGAAAUAAGUGCUUGAGUUUUUAUUUUAAUUCUUUGUUAAUUAACUUGUCCAGAAGAUAAAGUGAACUGUUUAGAAUUUGGGGUUUUUUGUAAAGUAUCUUAAAGAGCCUCGCACAUACCUGGUCUUUAAGUCAAAUUGGUAUCAAGCCAGUUUUAGUUGAUAGAGACUUUGGCUUUUUGUCUGUUAAAGCUUGUGACAUACAUACUAAUUAAGGCAGAGUUAAUCAGGUAAAAAUUUGUGUGUAUGUUUCCAGGGUCAGCUUCUGAGCAGCAGUAAAACAUUUAUGUUAUUUUAAAACAUUCAGUUUCCCUUAAAACUUGAUUUGCUGUCACUUUCUGUGCAGAAGAAUUUUAUUCAGAUUUGUAUUUGGAAUGGCAUCAGUUCCUGCUGAACUGUGUAUAGAGUUUUUAAUAUAAUUUAUUACCCCUUUUAGUGUAAUCAACAUAGACACAGCCGUCAUGUUUUUUGUCAUCUGUCAGUUGUUUGUAUGCUGCAAGUUACAUCAAGGUAUCUUACCUAUACCUUGUUUAGCACUUUCUUUGAGUCUUUUUUUUUUUUCUUGUAAUCCAUGUCUUUGUAUCUAUGUCUGCUUUCUUCAAUUCUUUGGAUUAAGGACCCUUCCUGUAAUUCACAGCAAAUGAGCAAACUGCUAUGCCUACAUGGAACCCCACUGAAGGUAAUAGGGCUCCCUGUGGACACAGCAAUCUGCGCACUCACUGUCAAUGGCAGGAUCAAGGCCCAAUUUAAUAUUAAUACUUUGCACUUAAAUAGCACCUUUUAGCUAACCCAGUGUGAUUGUGGGUGGGGCAGAAAGAUGAAUGUGUCGAUGCCUAAACACACAGCAUAUUGGGAAGUUCUUUCUGAUUUGUGGGGGAGGGCGAGAGGGACAGAUGUUGACUGAUCUUCUUUUGAUUUUUUUUUUUUAAUAUUUGCAAGAGAAUUGUAUACUGUUUGGUCCCAUUUCAUUAAGUGAAAAUGAGGACAGACCUAGGUAAGUGGUAUUUAUUUAGUGACUACUGCAACAUAAUUAUCUUGAAGGAAGGCAGAAGUCUUUUUUUGUAUUCAUCCAAAACCAUCACUCCAGACGUUUCCUAUUUUUGCUUCCACCAGCCCUCCUAUCCCUAUCUCCCUAAACUCUAGGAUCAAGCUGGGGCCACAAUGAGGGGUAACAGCCAGAGUUUCUGUGAGGCAUCCUUCCUGUGCAGACCAGGUGCAGGCAAAAUGCUUCAAGCAGCACUAGGUGUACUGAGCUGUAUAGUGCUCUAUAGGCCUGCUCCUGAAAGCUGCAGCAUGAUCUCCUGUGUUUGCUGCCAAAUGCUUGAGGGAUGGGGGAGGCCAGGCCACACCUCGUCGUGGCUAUGAACCGUCACAGCCUAGCCCAUUCUCAUUUGUGGAUCUGCUUAAAAAAAGGAAUCUCCUUGUUCACCCCCAGCUGUGGCCCCAUAUGGAUGAAGCCAGUUUUGUUGGUAGACUGAGGAUCUGAUUCUCAUAUAUAGUAGUCCUCUUUGCACUGCUCUGGCAGAGUAAAGGAGUCUUAAAGAGGGCACAAAUGCAAGGAGACCUUAGUGUAUAUGAGAAUCAGGCCCUGUGUCUAUAAUCUGUCCUGAGGGUGAUUUCAUUGGUAACGCUAUAUAUGGCCUGGUAUGAAUGGCUGUGCUUCAGCCUGCAAAGUAAAGAGAAAUGGUUUUGUCUCAAACUGGGAAUCCCAUUCUAAUUCAAAUGGGAAGUAUCUUGAGGGCACUGAACGUAUUUGGUGCUUCAAGUUUCAGUGUUUGUCAGAAACAACGAAUGAAAUAAAAAUUGCAAAAGUUUAUUUAUUACAAAGUAAACAUGUUUUUGCUCCAUUUUCAGGUUACACUGAAAGGUAGAACCUAUGAGAGGUCAGUGCCACAGCCUGAGGCAACUGGAGUAUGCAGAAUGAUAGGGGUAGGAAUUGCCACCAGUUUCAGCUUUGUGGCUAACCGGACAUCCUAAGGGCUUUAGGAGGUUCAGCUAAUCACUGUUUGUCUGGAGUUUUCAAAUCCUGUAAUGUCCCAUGCCCUGCCUUAUGCCUUGGAACAAGUUCCAUAAUGUUGAACAGUGUCAUUGACCUGCCUCAUGAAGUCAGGAGAACUGAGACUGCUUAUGUCAGCAUUUAUACCUGUGAAAAGUGAGUGUAAAACACAGCCAUGCCGAUGUGGUAGUAUUUUGCACUCACAAAUGUAAGUGGCUACACAAGAGACAAAGCAGUGGAGGAUUGGGUCACGUUCAUAAAAUGAGAUUAAUUUUUUUUUUUUUUUAAGUUCCUAGGUGUUGCUUUAUUCCCACUCCUCAUUCCAGGCAUUCAUAUAGAACAGCUUCACGUUGCAGUUUCCACACUACAAAGUCUCAAUUGCUUCAUGAGGCCUCUGAAAGUUGAAGUGAACGUGUGAAAUUAGUAAGGCAAAUUCAUCAUUCAUAUAACUCUGUUGACUUCACUGAAGUUAUACCAGGGUUAAAUUAGGUCCUGUGGUUUUUUUCAGGGGAUGCAGGGCAAUCUUUUCGCUUGUUAUGUAUUUUAUUCUGAAUGGAUGUAAACUAAUAGCUUAGUAAUUUUACAAAUAACCUAAACUCCCCGCACUCCCCCCUGCCCAUCUACAAAGAAUGUAGAAAAGAGUGGCCCCAUUUCAUAUGACAACGAUAGUCUAAGUGUGAAUACGGGUGUCUUUAGUGACAUAAAGGCCCUGUAACGUUGCAGGAACCACACAUUCCUGCGGCACAUGGCUCAAAAGUAAUUAUCAAGUAACCUAUACUCUUUAGAGAACAUAAUCCUGCAGUACAGUUACAGAGCACGGUAGUUCCUAUGUAAUCACAAAAACAACGAGGAGUCUGGUGGCACCUUAAAGACUAACGGAUUUAUUUGGGCAUAAGCUUUCGUGGGUAAAAAACCCACUUCUUCAGAUGCAUGGAGUGAAAAUUACAGAUGCAGGCAUAAAUAUACUGACACACGAAGAGAUUCCCUUCUCUUCGUGUGUCUGUAUAUUUGUGCCUGCAUCUGUAGUUUACACUCCAUGCAUCUGAUGAAGUGGGUUUUUUACCCAUGAAAGCUUAUGCCCAAAUAAAUCCGUUAGUCUUUAAGGUACCACUGGACUCCUCAUUGUUUUUGUGGAUGCAGACUAACAUGGCUACCCCUCUUGAUACUUGAUAUGUAAUCAUAGUGCCACUAUCUAGUGACUUUUGUAGAAACUACUUACUGAGUGCAGAAGGAGGAAAUUCCAUCUGUCUUUUCCCCAUCUUGUUCACAACACUUUCUUUUGAACUCUAACCAAAUUCCAGUGUAAGCCAUAUAUAUAUGGCUAAUAGUUAAGGGCAGUUAAAUGAUAUUUUAACUUAUCCUGCUGACAUUUAUCACAUUAAAGUUGGUAUAUUGAUGGUUUGUGUGAGAUCAGAAUUGGCUGACUGCUGAGAAAAGAAAGGAAGCAUAAAAACAAACUAGAAAGCUUGAUAAUGGACCCUCUCCUUCUGAAAGAGCCAUGUUGAAUAUCUCUUGGCCAUUAUGUUGCACUCCAUCCUUUUUCUGAAAAAGGGGUCAAUGUUUGGCAGCUUAAUCAGUCUGAAUGGGUGCAUCAUGAUGACGACUUGUUUGCCUGAAAGAUUGCCUGUUCCCCUGAAACAGCUUUUUCCGGAUUUCCCUCUUAAAGGGCUCAUCAUUUUCUACCUGGAGAAAUGGCCCUGCACUUGCUUUCCUAACAGCAACCUCCCAGUGACCAGAUAGAUUGUUACAAAACAUACAUUCCUUAUGGGUGCCUGAAUUAAGGAUUUACUGCCCACCUCACCUACUUUAAGGUGGCAAUCUAGAACUAAAUCAAUCUAUCUACUUUUUCCUCUCCAUGGUCCUCUUCUUUUUUUGUUUUUAAAUUAUCCACGGGAACAGCAGUCAAAAGCCAAAUUGCAGAGAGCCAAAUUCUGCUCUUAUUUAAUCCAAAUUUACAGCAACGUAACUUCACCGAGUUACUCAGGCUUCAUGCUUGAGUAAACGAGAGGAAAGUUUGUCCCUAACAUGUAAAUCUAUCAACAGGAAUUGGCUGGUCGUAACUUAGUUCUGAUCCUUUGGGGCAGGCAACCAAGUGCUAGGUCUUGACAGGUGACUGUGUGCUUAAUAAUGACUAGAACACGGGUACAAACUAAAAAGUUACCUUUUGUUUUAUUGUGCUAAAAUGGCAUUGUAUGAAUUAAAACAUUUCUCAUCUUACUCCCCUAGGAGAUUGUAUACAUGGGGACAUAGCCUGGAGUAGUUAUACUUAUUCUGCACUAGCUCCCUGUGUAUAUUCUCUUAUUCUGCACUGAAGAGUGCCUUUGAGCAGUUUAGCUUAAAAGGCAUUCAGUGCAGAAUAAGAGCAUCCACACAGAGAGCUAUUGUGGAGUAGCUGUUGUGCUUCAAAUUCACAACCUAGCUUAUUUUGCAAUAGCUUCCCUGUGUAGACAAGCCCUAAGCUUUCUCUAUAUAUUGCCCUAAGGUAAAUAUAUAUGUAUCCUCUCCAGUAGCCUAAGAGCACAGGCUUCCCUAAGGCACCUUUUUCUAUUAUUAUUCGUUACUCACUCCCAGGCCUAAUGGUUUGUUACAGGAUUCACAGUUGUCAGGUGGUUUUGGUUAAAGCUGAUAAUGUGAAAAAAUGCAGAAGAGAAAGCAAUCACCUCUCUCUCUCCUACCUUGUUGAUGCUGGUGAACUAAACAUCAUUCAUCAGUAGAGGGGAUUUAAAUUUAAUUAAAUAGCUUUUAACAGUUUUUAUGGCAAAUGAAGAUUAGUUUGAUUAAAAUAACAGGACCAGGACACUUGGAUGGAGAUAUAUACAUAUGUGGCCAAACUGUGACUGUGUAAGUGACCGUGAGAAAGGACUAGCCCUGCUGGUAAGUGUGGUGUUUCUGCAAACUCUUUCCAGUGCAAGCUGGUGGGAGCAGGUGUUUCUGUUCAUUUUUGGAUUGGCAAGAGGAAAGACUUAACAUCUGAAGUACUUUCAGUGGGAACAAGUAUCUCUGUUUUCUCGGACACUGAAAUGGUUAUGUUUAGGUUUCAGAUUAAUGGGAAGAGUUUGAUGUAAGGCAUGUCUUCAACAUAUUAUUUUCUGGACAAGUUCAUUUGGAAAAGGGGCUUCUGUAACUUCUACUGACCAGAUAACUCUAUUUUUAUAAUUAUUGCAUAUCUUCAGUGUACAUUAAAGACCAGAAAUUCAGAGGCAUUAUGCAAACUGAGAGCACCUUUUUUUAAAUAGCAACAUGAGUUCAGUAUGUUCAGUUAAAAUAUAAAUAGGAAUUUCUACAGGCAAAUGUUCCCCUCAUCAAAUAUCUAUGGCACCAACAGCCACUUGGCAGCUGUUUCUCCUAAGUAUCAACUGACAAUUAAAAAGACAAAGUAUUUUUAGAAUCAAUUUAAAAAUUCCUUUCCCUCCAACGUACAGUUUAUAAUAACCCCUGAAACUGGAAUUUUUUCUUCCUCAUGAGUGAGCACUAUUUUGUUGUCAAAGGGUGCUAACUAUAUUUUGGUUACUUUUUUAUUAUUGAAGGGAAAAGAUACAAGCAGUAUUACCUGGAUUUUACAAAGCAAAGAAUAAUAAUAAAGAAUUCUGAGCCUAUCAACCUUCACAGUAUUUCUUCUUUUCACGCUGUGAUGGUAUUGCCACAUCUGGCAAGCACUGUGUAUAAGUUUCAGCUUCCCCUAGGUCAGUUCAACAAACAAUAGCUAAAGGACAUAGGGAGUGGGUCCCAUCCAUUUUAGUGCAACGUUUGUCUCCUUUUAACAUGCAUCCUGUGAAGAAUCUUGAAGAAUCAGGGCAGGACCAGGUUCACUUUGAAGCAGACUAUAUAAUAAUACUUCUUUAACAGUUUUCAUCAAGAGUUGGUCUCAAAGUGUCUUACAGAAAUGAGCAAGUAUUUAUCCCCAUUUUUAGUAGCUAGAAAAACCUCAUAGACAAAGAAGUGAAGUGAUUUGCCCAAGACCACACACCGUCAGUAACAGAUUAGAACACAAAUCUUUCUACUCCUAUUCCUCUGCUCUGAUCACUAAACUGCGGUGUAGAUGCAAGUACACAUCUCUGCAAAAUGCUCUGGUAUUCUCUGUGAGCAGUACCGCCUGAAUUUUGCACAGAUUUCCUACUGCACUUUAAAACUGUGCUCUGCUGCCACCAUGACAGGUGACUGUAAUGCUAUUUCAGAAAGCCAGUGGCCUGGCAGCAUCCCAGAGACCCAGUGACUACCCAGAGAAAAGAACUCAAAUUGUUAUUUCUGACCUAUUGUUGUCCUUUAAUCUUAUUUAGCCAGACGCUUACUGAGAGCUGUGAUUCUCCUUUCUCUAUCCCCCAUUCCCCCUUUUGGAGAACUGGCUUGUCCUAAAUCGAUCUUCCUUUGACUGGAGACGGUUGGGAGGAAAGGGUGUAGAAGUAAGAUCAAUUUAUGCCAAAUUGUUCCAGUGUUUGUUUUGAUGUCAAAUGGUUUAAAGGCCCCUUAAUUAAUUAGCUGUCUACACUCAGGUUUUCUGGUAAUAUUUCCCACUCUUUCUACCACGAGUCCAGCAUUGUCGGUGGUAACUUGGGCAGGAGUGCUAGUGUUUUAAGCACCAUGUUGUCUAAUGCUGCUCAGAGCAGGUCUGUAUCACACAGGCAGCCAGCAGCUGCCAACACCCUAUCUGCGCUCGCACUCCUGCAGUUCCUAACACCCAUGACAGCUGAGCCUGUUGUAGCAAUGGCUGGAAAUUUUAGCAAAAAUUUCCUGUGGCAGACAAGGCCAUGGUGUCACAGAACCUUCUUCUAUUCAUGGUAAUGACAGUUACUUUAAGUGUGCAACUUGUAAAGCAACAUAUUACUUGUUUAUUUGCAGAUAACCACAUUUUCCAUUGAUAGAGUAAAUAUAAUAGAACAGUUAUCAUUUGCAAUGCACUGUAUCUGUAAAUGGGUGGCCUUCUUUAGUGGCUAAAUGUUCGUGUGUACACACAACUAUUCCGCAUAAGAGAAGUUUAAGUAUUUCCCUCACUACAUUGUCCCAUUUUCUCAGUCUUAAUGCAGACUCCAACUUUGUCAUGCCAUUCUCUUGCAUAGCCCACAAACAUGGGGAUGACUAAAAUGGUAAUGUACAGUACCCAUUUCCCCACACACAGUGAGAAGGAACACCAAUAUGGAUUUCACCACAGGAAAGUAAUCAAAGAUGCUCUUGAUUUCCAUAACGUAAUAAUUUUUAUUUAUACUCGGUCCAGAAUUUUCUGCUGUGUACAGUCGGCUACAAGCUGUACAUUACCUGGUUAUAGUCCCAGUGGAAACUCCCACUACUGUUUUGUAAGGGAAAAAGGAAAUCCAGAGCAGAAAUGUAUAAUAAACAUGAUCAGGAACAUCUUGCAAUUGUAAAUAAGAUCUUGUUCUGUUUAUUUUGGCAUCUUUUUACAAAUUUGUUGCUUUCAGGUGUAAAUAUCCCAAACCAUGAUCUUGUUCAAAGUUCUGAGAUUUUUAUUGUUAAAUGUAACACUUUGUUUAAUGGUUGUAAUAAUUAUUUGUAUAGAUAUGAACAUUAAAGUAUUUUAUUAAAAAAAUUAAAAUGA